GCGGCCUAGCUCCUCCUGCAUAUCCCCGCCGGUCGCGCCGCUCCUCCUCCCGGGCUCAUCAUGCUGAUGCCGCCGCCGCCGCUGCGCUUCGCCGCCAAUGUGUCCUGGUUGUUCCAGGAGAUCCCCGACCUCCCCGGGCGGAUCUGCGCCGCGGCCCGGGCCGGCUUCCCGGCGGUGGAGGUCGCCUGGCCGUACGGCGCGGACCCCGGGGAGGUGAAGGCCGCGCUGAGGGAGACGCAGCUGGAGCUGGCGCUGAUCAACACCCCUCCAGGAGACAUGGCGGCCGGCGAGCUCGGGCUCGGAGCUGUACCGGGGAGACAAGAUGGAUUCCGCGCUGAUCUACAACAAGCAGUUACCUGGGCGCGAGAUCUGAGCUGCAAGAGGAUACACAUCAUGGCGGGCCGGGUACCAGAAGGCAUUGAUCGGGCAUCUAUUGAGAAGGAGAUGGAGGAGACGUUCAUAGAGAACCUGAGAUACGCAGCCGAUCUCUUAGAUCAGGAUGGGAUUGUCGGUCUUAUCGAACCUAUAAACUGCCGCAUUUCGGAGCCCCGGUAUUUCCUGAACACCCCGCACCAGGGAGCGUCCAUCUUACGGAAAGUGGGGAGACCUAAUGUGAAGAUGCAGAUGGAUCUUUACCAUUGGCAGAUAAUGGACGGGAAUCUUACGGAGAACAUUAAGAUGUAUUUUCCGCUGAUUGGUCACGUCCAGGUGGCCCAGGUGCCUCACCGCAAUGAGCCGGACAGUCCCGGAGAGCUGCACUUCCCGUAUCUCUACGACCUCCUGCAGGAACUCCGCUACGAGGGCUACAUCGGAUGUGAAUACAAACCUCAAGGAGAUACAACGGCCGGACUCGGGUGGAUGGAGACGUACAGGACACAGCGGAGUAAAGACGGGAAGGUUGGGGGACCACCGAUACCAUAACGCCUCCGGUACAGAGAGUCAUCCAGCUUUCCCAGGGUCCUGUGCGGUCCAUAUACCUAGCAGGUCACAGAUUUGCCAUUCAGAAUCCCGGGAAAGCUGGGUGAUGAGGUCGCUCUCGAGUAGAAAUCCGUAGACCUUGUACAUAACAUAGCAUCGUUUAUUCAUCACAUUUACAUAUCAUUUACAUAAAAUCUUACACUUCUCUAAUUAUCUCCACAAUUGGCUUUAAGGUUAAAAAUAAAGGAAUCUGUCGGAU